AUGACCAUUGGAGAGAUAAAAGUCCAUAAGAUACAUCCCAAGGCCAAGAUUCCGAAGAGGCACUCGGACGGAGCUGCCGGUUAUGACAUAUACUCUGUGGAAUCAGGAAGUGUUCUACCAAACGAAAGGAAAUCUAUACGUACUGGGCUAAUAUGGGAUAUCCCCCAGUCGAUUGUAGGAUUGGUCUUUGGAAGAUCUGGAUUUGCUCUAAAAAAUUGGAUCGAGGUGGCAGAAUCAUGUAUAUAUCCAGGAGAGAGCAAAGAGCUGGUAAUAACUCUUAUUAACAAUGGAAAAGAUGUAUUCCAGUAUGAGGAGUCCUGCCGUAUAGCCCAACUUGUAUUUGUUCCUGUGCUGAGUUGCGAAAUAGAUCUUGUAGACUCCUUGGAUUCAACGGAAAGAGGCAGUCUAGGAUUUGGAUCAACCGGAAUGAAAUAA